AUGACAUAUACAUCAUUCGCCAUCUUGAAGCGUACUGAACGGGAGUGAGAGUGAUUGCUUGGCUUGUUUGUCUUUUUCUGUCUGCAAUAACACAUUUUAUACUCAACGAAAUGGCCGAGGAAUUCAGCGCCGACGCUCCCCCAUAUGCCUCAUUCUUUGGAGUAAUGGGAGUGACAUCCGCAAUGGCAUUCUGUGCUCUUGGUGCAGCCUAUGGAACAGCCAAGUCUGGUACAGGUAUUUCAGCAAUGGCUGUGAUGUGCCCAGAACUCAUCAUGAAGUCCGUCAUUCCCGUUGUCAUGGCUGGUAUCAUCGCUAUCUACGGUUUGGUGGUGGCUGUUGUUAUAACACAGAAUAUGACUGCCACAGGCUACACCCUUUUUAAGAGUUUCCUCCAUCUUGGUGCUGGCUUAAGUGUAGGUCUCAGUGGAUUAGCUGCUGGCUUUGCUAUCGGCAUUGUCGGCGAUGCUGGUGUACGAGGAACAGCGCAACAGCCACGGUUGUUUGUAGGAAUGAUUCUCAUCCUUAUCUUCGCUGAGGUUUUGGGUCUGUAUGGUUUGAUCGUGGCUCUCAUCCUCUCCGUCAAACAAUCCUAAAUCAACCGAGGACCAGUGACGGCAGCGAAACACCAUUCCCGGCAGAGAAAGGAGAACAGUUGUAACCGUGGAAACAUCCCUUCUUUUUCUUCUGCCGCGUUGCUCACUGACUUGUAGGCUCCAGUUGUGCGACUGAGGCAGACAAAGUUGUUCCAAAUUGGGGGGAAAUGAACAAAUAAUGCUGUAGAUGGUUCCAUUUUACUGCACACCUGGAAACAAGAGAUCGUGUACAACCUGUAUGUAUAUAGUGCAAUGGCCGAUCGUCCUAGUCGGUCUCCAGUCAGUCUGCGUGAAGUGACUGUGUAUGUGUAAAUGGUGAACUAGUGUGCAUAAAUCAUAAGCACUGCUGGCUAGUACGUAUCCCUGCAUCUAGCUUGCAUCCUACUGGAGUAGAUUAAUUUACGUUGCUACAGACAAGACAGUCAACAAUGGGAUGGGUUGUGUCUGACAGACUCGGUACUAGCGAUAGUCAAAAGCUUCAUAUUUGCUCUGUAAUAUCCAGAAAUCCCUUUAUAACCGUUUCCACCUAGUACUGGGCCUGUCUCGAUUUAUGCACAUAUGGGUGUUAAUUUGCUGCAACCAUGAAGCCUGUAUUUGAUGCCAUCGUCUGUACAUUUUGCUUAUUUUCAACCAACAACUGUGAUCUUAGUUCUAUUCCCCGAUGAGUGUUUGUUUAUUCAUUAUUACUUAUGAUAACCACUGGCUUUGUAUUAUUAGCUAACGUACACAUCAGGAAAAUAUAAGGCAUGGCUUCAUCUUUCAAACAUUGGUAAACAUGUUUCCUCGGAAGCUAGGGGAAGGGAACAAACAGUCAAAUUCUGAAGUUUAAUUUCAUCCACAUUGCCAAAUUCAUCAACUGUUUAACCGAUUUGAAAUAAUAUUAGUGAUUGCAGGGGUUCAUAAGAAUAUGGUCAUGAAUGCAGAAUUAGCUCAUGGUGAAUUUUUUGUGUGUACUUGAUUUUUAGUCUUGUGGAUUUAGAGUGAUAUUAACAUGUGCAGACUUACUUCAAAUACUGCUUAACGACUUCCCAUCUUCUGUUUCUUGCUGUUAAUACCAUGCUACAUUCCAGCUGUUGUGAGUACUAGGUAACCAUAGCAACACUGUAACCGUAGCAAACUGUUCUUUACUAACUACUUUUCUCCCAUCUUUAUCAUUUUAUGGAAAUUGUGUAGAUAUUUGUAACUUAUAGACCCGACCGAUAUUGUUGUACUUUAUCUCUUUAAAGACUUGUAUAAUAUCAGGAACUGUUGACAUGUGUAGAUGCACAGUGGCAAGACAGCACAGCAGAGAAUUUAUAAGUUGAUUUCAUUGGCUGCUCAAAGUAGAAUUUUCACCAAUCAAAGUGGAAUGUUGCUGUUCUGUGCAGAGGUUUAUCAGAUCUUGUAGAUUCCAUACUGUAUGUGUAAACACAUGUAAGUUGUUUCAUUGUCAUAUUAUGUAUGAAUAAAGCAUAUAACUGUCA